AUGUGUAAUUUAUUGUGAACUGUAACGGACGUGACGUCAGCUGUCAUGCCCUGCCGCCAGCCAAGCCGCCAAGCCAUAUUAACACGCCCCCUUCCGCCACAGCCACCGCCACCGCCGCCAGCCAAAGCCAACGAAGGGGGGAUAGUGUUAAUAAAACAAGCCGUGCCAGCCAUUUCUACCUACUUUUCUGCAUUCUUGCACAAAUAAAAGAACUUGUCGUUACGCUGCUGGUUUUUAUUGUCACAUCAUUUGCAACAAUCAGAAGUGGCAUAAAGAAAUGAAACAACGUCAUAUACACGCUCAGAUCUCUCGGUCUUCUGACAAGUUUGAAGAAGAUGAAGCUCCUAUUCCACUGGCGAGGAAGGUGUUGAAAAAUUGCUUCAGAAGGAAGUCCACAAGGCGAUACUUGAGCUACAGGAUGAAGAACCUGGAACAAUCAAAUCAAAGGGACUUCGACGUCGUCGGACCAAGAGCGCCUGCCGCCCUAUCCUUCCAUCAUUCUGGUUCACGUGAAGGGAAACUAGAAGAGCAGCAACGUGGUUACUCCACUGCAGCACUACGAGCUUCACGGCGCUUCAUGAGAUUCACGGCUACGAGCUUCCUUCUCCCUGCCUGCGACGCUGCUGCGCGGCGAAGACAGCUACAUCAGUCAUCAACGUGGGCUCGGAGACCAUCAUGUGGCCGCCGGGCGAGGUCCUGCCGUGGGCUAACAGCUGCGAGGAGCCACAGCCAAACAGCCAGGAUGGCCGAAUGUAACGGACGUGACGUCAGCUGUCAUGCCCUGCCGCCAGCCAAGCCGCCAAGCCAUAUUAACACGCCCCCUUCCGCCACAGCCACCGCCACCGCCGCCAGCCAAAGCCAACGAAGGGGGGAUAGUGUUAAUAAAACAAGCCGUGCCAGCCAUUUCUACCUACUUUUCUGCAUUCUUGCACAAAUAAAAGAACUUGUCGUUACGCUGCUGGUUUUUAUUGUCACAUCAUUUGCAACAGAACAAAUAUUUUUUGUAAAUACCCGAAAAGCUACUCUUACAAAUCAUAAACCGUAAUAUAAGUUACCGUUGUGGUUCGUAAACUUGAAGUAAUACUAAAUUAUUAAAAAAAAACAUAUAAAUUCGUUUUUCCGCUUUCUAACUUUCCCGCUUUCCAGCCAAUAUUUAUAUAUCCAUGUUCAACAUUAUCAAUGAAAAAGUAUUGAAAUAUGGUAGACAGAAUGUCAUCAAAAAAUUCAUACAGAAACGUUCUUAAAAAUUCACGAUCCUUGGACAACGUAGACAUAGGUAACCUUAAUUCAAAUUGACCAGUACGUUAAAACGACAAUUUCAUAUCACAACUCCUUAUUAAUAUUAGUGCAAAAACAACAACAUCCCUAUCCAACCAGAGC